AUGAGGCUGAUGCUCCUGUGCUGCACCUGGAGAGACGAGCCCAUGGGAGAGGACGAAGGUGGGUCCUGGAAGAGAGCCCUCCCCGCCCCGACUCCGCGUCGCCCCUCACCCGGCCUCUGGCCUGACUCCUGGGGCGCGGUGGUGACGGAGUGGGGUGGCGUGCAGGGCUCCUCCGCCCCCUCCCCUGCUUGACCUUGAGCCCCACAGGGGGUGGGGGAGAGAGAGAGAAACGUCCGGGCCGCCCCCUUGCUGCAUUGCACGCGUGGUAGGCAUUCACACGUGCAAGAGGCCGGCAGGGGUGGGGGCGAAAGGAGAGGUCUACUUAACGCGCGUGCGCUAGUGGGGCUCGUGGAGUGGUCCUCGGAAGGUUGGGAGAGGCCCCCAAGGCCUACUUAGCCCCUUCACUCGCCUUAACGGGCGUGCGCAGACUAACUGGGAGCGCGUCUCUGAGCACGUGCAGAGCGCGUUUCCUCUCUCCCCACCUCCAGCCCGUUGUCUCUGCGCUUUCAACUCACCCUAGGAGGCGGGGGCGGGGAGGUUAAUCCGGUGCCCAUCCGGUGGGUGCUGUCCAGGGUGCUGUUUCUCCCGACCUCCUGCCGCAGGCAAGGGAGUCUCGUCUGACCGGAAUGCAAGAAAGUGGGGUUUGGAUAAAAGACUUCGGGGUUGAUUCUAGGAUCCAUGCUUUCCCCCUUCCUUUUGCAAAUAUUUUCGCUACUUUACUGAAAGUUGAGGAUUCAUAGAACCUUUCCUGAGUGUGGGAAUUCUCCUUUUGCAAACGGGUGGAACAGGAUAGGGUGAAUAAAAUGCUCUUUCACAGCAGGAAAAAGGGUGUCCCACUCGCCCCACAAAUCCUAUCAUCUUUCUGAUCCUCAUAACCCCAAUGGCACCUGGGCCCAGAAGAGGGUGGGCAUGCUGUGGUUACAAAGAAAAAAGAAAGCACCCUCUGUGCAUGCUCCAAGACACUCUUGCUCCCCUGUAAUUGUUACAGCAUGGAGGCCUGCUGCUGAAAACAGGUUCAGAGUCUGGGUGCAAGGACAAAUUUAUAACCCCCACAUUCUGUUCCCCAUUUCUAUGGAUGCCCCCCUGGUUUCCCUGCCACUCCUCUCCACACACCCCAAUCUAUGGGGGGUGAAGUAGGGGACAGUCCUGCUGUUAUAUAAACAGGAGAUCGAUCUGUGGCCACCAGCCAUGGGAAAGGAGGUCAUAGGGCUAGCCUCAGCUAGGGGCCUCUGGGCAUUUGUGAGCAGCUGGGUGCAAGAGAAUUGCCAUUAUCCCCACCCCCACCCCAUGCCCCCUCUCAGAGUUAACAGGAAUGAGGCUCCUGGCGGAACCAUUCUUCAGGUUCGGAUUACGGAAGUUAUUCUGCGUGUUCUCAGAGGAACCCUUGUUCAUUCAGUGUGAGUGCUGCAUUUCUUUGAGCACUGCUUCAAACUAAUCUAUUCUGGGGGGGGGGGGCACAGCAGGAUGAGGUGCAUUCUGGGGGAGAGAGAGAAAUCACCCACAGUCCCUCUGGAGUCUUGGGGUGCCUCUGCACUAUACGUUUAAAGCAGUGUCAUGCAACUUUAAACAGCCAUUCCUUUCCCCCAAACAAAUCCUGGGAAGUGUAGUUUGUUAUGGGUGCUGAGGGUUUUUAGGGGACCCCUUAUUCCCCACCCCAAACUGCAAAUCCCAGAGUGGUUCGACAGUCAAUCCCUGUUCCCAGGGAACUCUGGAAAUUGUAGUUCCGGGACUGGGGGCUAAUAGGGGUAUUUCUAAAAGCAACUCAACAUCCUUAGCAAACUAUGGUUGCCAAGAUUCUUCGGGAGAAGCUGUGCCUGUUUAAAGUGGUCUUGGACUGCUUUAAAUGUGCAUUGACUCCCUCCUUCCUCUCUGAGGUCACACCACAUAUCCAACAUGCAUUGAAAGCCUGUUUGGCUUCCCAGGAUCUGUAGUUUGUUAAGGGCUCUGGGAACUGUAGCUCCUCAAGGCUGAAACUGCCGUCCCCAGAAUUCUUUCGGGAAAAGCCAUGCCAGUUUGAAGUGGUAUGAUACCACUUUAAAAGUGUUGUGCAGACAAGGGCCCUGUUUGUAGGCCUACAUCUGGUUUUGGGCAAAAACUGAAAUCCUGGAGUGAGAGCCCAGGCUAUGCUGAUGAUUCCCCCCCCCCCCACUCAACCUGCCCCCACCUCUGUUUUCCUCUCCAGGAAGCGAUCUGCCGAUAUGCGCCAGCUGCAGCCACAAUAUCUACGAUGGCCAGUAUCUGCAGGCUCUCAACGCGGACUGGCACACCGACUGCUUCAGGUAGGACUGCUCUGGCAGGGUGGCUGUCACCAGUAGGGUGGGAAGGGGGAGCCAGCAUCCUCCCAGCUGCUUUUCUGAACUGCCAUCUCCCAUCAGGCCCUGCCAGGAGGGUCGAAGGUCAAGGACGAUGGGAGUUGUAGUCCUGCAAACUAAGGGAAGGACUAUAGCUCAGGGAUGGAACACUUGCUUUGAGUGCAGAAGGUCCCAGGUUCAAUCCCCAAUGGUGAGAGAUUCUCCUGCCUGAAAUCCUGGAGAUCUGCUGCCAGUCAGUGUAGACAGUACUGGGCUAGAUGGGCCAGUGGUCUGACUUCCUGUGUUCCGAUCUGGAGAACCACAGUUUCAGAAAGCAGUGAGGGGGUUAUUAGAGCAAGGAAAAGUUUCAAGAUCUGGGGCUUUUUCCUUUAGAAAGUGGUAGUGUUGGAUUAGGACCUGAGAGUGGCCAGGGUUCAUUUCCCCACUAGGUCAUGACUUUGGAUCUGUCGUUGCCUCUUGGCUUAGCCUACCUCACAGGGUUGUUGUAGGCAGGAGAACCUGGGAGGAAAAAAGGUGGGCUAUAAAUGCAAUAAACAAAUAAAUAGCUUGACUUUCCAUGGUGUGCAAACUAGGCCAGAGCUCCAUCUUAAGAGAGGCAGUGUUGCAAAGUGGUUACAUUGUCGGACUAGGACAUGGGAGGUAAAGGUAAAGGUACCCCUGCCCGUACGGGCCAGUCGUGUCCGACUCUAGGGUUGCGCGCUCAUCUCGCUCAAGAGGCCAGGAGCCGGCGCCGUCCGAAGACACUUCCGGGUCACGUGGCCAGCGUGACGAAGCUGCAACUGGCGAGCCAGCACCAGUGCCGCACACGGAAACGCCGAUUACCUUCCUGCUAGAAAGUGGUACCUAUUUAUCUACUUGCACUUAGGGGUGCUUUCGAACUGCUAGGUGGGCAGGAGCUGGGACCGAACGACGGGAGCUCACCCCGCCGCGGGGAUUCGAACCGCCAACCUUACGAUCAGCAAGUCCUAGGCACUGAGGUUUUACCCACAGCGCCACCCGCAUCCCGAGGACAUGCGAGACCUGGGUUCAAAUCCCCACUCAGUCAUGAAGUUCACUGGGUGACCUUGGAGGCCAGUCACUGCCUCUCAGCCUAGCCUGCCUCACAGGGUUGUUGUGGGAAUUAAUUGAGGGGGAAAGGGGAGAACCAUGUACGCCACUUUGAGCUCCUUGGAGAAAAAGGAGAAAAGCUAGGAAAUUCAGGGCAGACAUAAGAAAGUCCUUCUUCAUGCAAUGCAUGGUUAAACGAUGGAACUCGCUGCCGCAGGAGUCAGUGAUGGCUUGGAUGGUUUUAAAAGAGGACUGGACAGAGGGGCUGUCGAUGACUAUUAGCUACAGUGACUAUGGUCUGCCUCUGAAUCCUACUUGCUGGGGAUCCCAAGUGGGGAGAGGGUUGCUCUGGCGCUCAGGUCCUGCUUAUGGGCUUCCUGGAAGAGGUGUCUGGUUGGCCACUGUGAGGACUGGAUGCUGGACUAGAAAUCGGCUUCUUUUUGACUGGGCCAUCCCAGGACUCUUCCUAUGUUCAUUGUUGCUUAUUUGGCCAGAAAGGAAGUGCCCCCCACCCUUAGAAUAUUCUUUAGCAUGGGCUGGUGUGAGCAACAAGAUCCCACACUCUCCUGCCAAGGAGGCUCGUGGCCUUGUCCUGGGACAGCUUGAACAGCUCCUUCUGCACCAAAGAAUCAUGCAAACCUAGAAUUGUAGAGUUGGAAGGGCAUCUAGCCCAACUCCUGCAAUGCAGGAAUCGCAGCUAAAGAGUCCCUGACUGAUUGCCGUCCAGCCUCUUGAAAAUCCUCCAGAGACGGAGAAUCCACUGCUGUGGAAGGAGAAUCCUCCACCGUGGAGCAGAUCCUAUGGUCAGAAAGUUGUUCCUUGUCAGAAUCUCCUUUCUUGCCAUUUGAAUCCUUUGAUCCGGGUCCAGCCCUCUGGAGCAGCAGAAAAGAAGCUUGCUCCAUCUUCCCAGUGAGAGCCCUUCAGAUAUUUGAAGAUGGCUAUCAUAUCACCCCUAAGUCUUUUCUUCUCCGGGCUAAAUAUAACCAAUUCCCUCAACCUUUCCUCAAAAGGCUUGGGCCCUUGAUAAUCUCCAUCACCCUCCUCUGCCCACCUUCCAGCUUGCCAAUAUCCUUCUUAAACUGCAGUGCCCUGAACUGCACACCGCACUCCAGGUGGGGUCUGACCAAGGCAGAUCUGGACAGUAGACUUCUUCUGAAGAUGCCUAUCAUAGAAUUGUAGAGUUGGAAGGGACCCUGAAGAUCAUCAGCUCCUGCAGUGCAGGAAUAUGCAGCUGUCCCUUACGGGGAUCGAACCUGCAACCUUGGCAUUAUCAGCACCAUUCUCUAACCAACUGAGCUAUCCUGCUUGCCCCUCUCGGUCUUCUCUUCUCCAGGCUAAACAUACCCUCUCCCCUCCAGCAUAUGUUCCAGGUGCCUGGUGGGGAGGGGGCAAAAGACGAGAGCCACCUUCCUCCGCUGAUCAUCUGUUUCCCCAACAGCUUGGCUGCUCCAUUCAUUCUUGGCUUUACAGUUCCCCUCCUCCUCCUUCUGGGCAGCCGUCAAUAUGGCUGGUGGCAUCUGGCAAGCACAGAGACUUGGCUCUCCUUCCAAGAGACACACUCCUCACACGUCCAGCUCGGAGCCGAUUCCCUGGGCCCCGACCCUGGCUGCUUUGGGGUUGUGCGCUUUUAA